AUGUCUCAACCACCCCCCACCCUGCCAUGGCAUGCAAUCCCUUCUUCGACCGCGACAUGCAAAGUACGCCUCAUCCAAGCAGGUGGCCUCUAUAUCCCAGUAGACAUGGCCAUCCUCCCAGGUCCCAACGAGCCGAAUGACUCAGUAAAGCAUCCUGACAAGAAACACGACCACCCUAAGACAUUCUACGCCCCAGAUUACGUCUUUCUGAUCGAACAUACCGCAACAGGACACCAGUACAUCUUCGAUCUCGGAAUGCGCAAAGACCUCGAAAAUCUCCCACCCCUGCUUCUCAGGACUGUACUCCCAGACUUUGAAUGUGAACCAAAGUCGCCCGCAGAUAUUCUGAAAGAGCACGCAACGCCUGAGCAACAGCCCGAGAAAGUCAAAGCGGUUAUCUUUUCGCAUUUGCAUUUCGACCACGUAGGAGAUGGAGCUAAAGCUGGGUUCUCAAAUGCAGAACUCUGGAUCGGUCCAACAAGUUGCACUUAUGCAAGGCCUGGAUACCCCGUCGAUGAGAACGCACCGACUUUGAGCGAGAUUUUGCCGACAGACGGGAGUAGGAAGAUCGUUGAAGCUUUUGUAUCAGAUGAGAUGCUGAAGGAGGCUGGUGAUAGGAGAGCCGGCAAGGUAGCGGAAGGUAUCAAGAAGGGUCUUUACGAAGCCGUUGAGUUGAAGAAGGCAUCAUGGAUCGGGUUGGGCGCAUUCGACAGAGCAUUCGACGUUUUCUGCGAUGGCUCGGCCUAUCUGAUCGACGCUCCUGGACACUCAUCGGGUCAUCAAAUGAUGCUCAUUCGGACAAAGUCAGAUCCGGUCAACGACACAUUUGUCCUGUUAGCAGGCGAUUGUUUCCAUCAUUUUGACCUACUGAAAGAUCCUCUGCGAACUGCCCGUCCUCCAUACUCGAAGUCAGGGAUGCAUGCUGAACCAGACCCAGCUAUCGAUUCGAUAUGGCGUACAAGAGAGUUUGCGAAGAAGGAGAAUAUCUGGGUACUUGCAGCUCAUGACUUCAAUGCUGGAGAGAAGAUCGCGCCUGGCAAGAAGGUGAUUGAAGGGCUCAUAGAGGUGAAUGAUUGGUAUGACAAAAAGUGGAAGACGCCACUGGAAGCUAGGGUCUAA